AUGCAUGACCACUAUGCCGACCAUGCACCAUAUCAAAACAGUGGACCGAUACCGCAAAAAGGACCUUCCGGUGCUGAUUUACCUGUAUACGGAUCCUGGAGCGGAGAACCUACCCCACACUCCAAAUGGGAUCCACGAGGGUGGUCAUUGAAGAAAAAGCUCUUCCUUGCAGCCGGCGUGAUUGUGGUCAUUGUCGCAGUUGUUGUUGGAUCAGUGCUGGGCGUACGAGCCAACCGAUACCCCAAUUACUCCAAACUGGACUACACACUACAAGACACCUAUUCGGGAUCUGAUUUCUUCAACAAUUUCGAAUACUUCACGGAUGCCGAUCCUGCCAACGGCUUUGUGCAAUACAUCAGCCGAGCCAAUGCUGAAUGGCUCAACCUCACCUAUGCCAGCAGUGAGUCGGCCGUGCUCAAGGUGGAUACCACAUUAAGUGGAACCCAAGCUGCCAGUGGUCGCCAAUCGGUCAGAAUCACAUCAAACAACACAUACGCUGAUGGCCUGUUUGUCUUUGACGUUCUCCACACCCCCUACGGAUGUGGAACCUGGCCUGCGUUGUGGCUCACAGACCCGAGCAACUGGCCCGAGCACGGAGAAAUUGAUAUCGUCGAGGCCGCAAAUGGCGGAACCUUUGGAAACCAAGCCACGCUCCAUACAUCCAGCGGGUGCUCUAUGAGCGUCAAGCGCAAAGAAACAGGCUCUGUCCAGAACAAGAACUGUUAUUACAAGGCGAAUGAGUACUCGGGAUGUGGUGUGACAGGUGCCGAUAGCACCUUUGGCCCCGAAUUCAACAAUAACGGAGGCGGAGUCUACGCAAUGGAGCUCCGCAGCGCUGGAAUCCGAGUAUGGCAAUGGGCACGCUCAAAAAUCCCAUCUGAUAUCACCUCUGGAAGCCCCGACCCAUCCACUUGGGGCACAGCAUUUGCGGAUUUCCCCAACACAGAUUGCAACAUCGGGUCGCAUUUCAAAAACCAGAGCAUUGUCGCCAACAUCGACCUGUGCGGUGACUGGGCUGGCGCGGAUAAGUUCUACACGACCCAAAGCAGCUGCCCCGGCACUUGCGAGGCCUUUGUACGGGACAACGCGACAAGCUUCAAUAAUGCUUAUUGGGAGUUCAAAAGUUUCAAGGUCUACCAAGCCAGCUGA